AUGAUGCAGAAACUUCUGAUUCUCGCCGUCCUUUGUUGCCUGUUGUACUCGACGAUGGCCCAGUGGGGAUACGGAUAUCACCCGUACGGUGGAUACGGUGGAUACGGAUACAGACCAUAUGGUGGAUACGGAUAUGGCCGUGGAGGAUAUGGCAUGAACCCGGUGCAAGGAGCACUUCGAGGAGCUGUGAUGGGCGAUACCUAUGACUCGGCGGACUCGUCGGACGCGGAAGAGAUGUCGCGCGGCGAGCGUAUCCUCACUGCAUACCCGCCGUUUCAAGGCGAGCCCGUACACUUUAUUCAAAGGUAUCCGACCUCGUUGCCGCCGCGUAUCUUCACAAAUGGUGGACACCCGGACUUUGGGCAGGUAGGCAUGCAAAAAACUGUGGAAGUAGUGGUG